CUAGAUGCGCAAAAGGUACGCUGUGGAACCGGCUACGUUUGUCAGUGGAAGAAGAAAAAAUUCCAUGUUUCUUCUAAACAUGAUGAUGUAAGCCAGGACUCAUUGUGGUACAGUGCAUGUGUGAUGGAUUGAAGAUGGUAUAGUUUGGAAUACUUCAAAGUUCCGAGAUUGAAAGCAAUUUGUGAUGGUGCGACAACAUCAGUUCUGCUUUGACACAGUGUCCAACUCACCCAUGCACCAGGCAGCCUUCAAUGGUGACCUGAAGUCCCUCCAUGAGCUCCUUCGUACCCCUGACAACCACAAGAUUAUCAACCUCAAGAACCACCUGGGUUGCACCCCGCUGCGACUAGCGGCGACAACGGGCAGCCGGCCCUGCGUGGAGCUGCUUGUGGCCCAUGGCGCUGACGUCAACCUGACAGACAUCAAAGGCCAGACACCGCUGUUCGUUGCUGUCAAGAACAACCACCCCAGUUGCGUGCAGGCGCUGGUGUCUUAUGGCGCCAACCCGAAUGGCAGUCCCAACUGUCUAAGCAGUCCUCUGUUCAUUGCAGCGAUGCAGGGUCUCCACGAGUGCCUGCAGGUGCUCGUGCAAGCCGGGGCGGACGUCAACUGCUCCUUAUUAGCGGGGCCAUACAUCCCGGCGACAAACACCCCCUUACACAUCAGCUUCACCUACAGGCACCGGCAAUGCUUCCGAGCUCUGCUCGUCGCUGGCGCCGAUCCCGAUUGCGGACUGACGAGGAAGCACUUGGAAGGCAGGCCCUCCCUGCUGGAUGCGGCCAUCCAGUGGGGCGACAUUUACUUCAUCAAGCUUCUGGUUGAGUUUGGCGGCACGAGGACAAAGAACAACAGACAAUUGAACAGGAAGAUUGGUGGGGAGUCGGCGACCGAAAAGGAACUAGAGGUUCAGGCUUAUUUAAGUGUACCUCUGAGUUUGCUGUCAUUGUGCCGUUUGUCGGUACGGAAUAGCCUUGGAGCGAAGCGACUUUCAUCAGCCUCGGAAUUGCCCCUGCCAACCUACCUGAAGAAGUACCUUCAGUUCCUCGUGUAAGGAGCCUUCAAUCAAUCGAAAAAGUUCAACUCAUCUGAUCUCUGUUUUACUCUUGGGCCAGUUUUCUGGAUCUCAGCUUGUGUCUUGGCUUCUGUGCGCACCUGUUGCCCAAAAUGCGUUUUCAAGUAUUAAGUCCAAACAAUAAUCUACACGUACUUCAAACUUCAAAAGCCAGUUUGAGUGUUCCCUAGUCUUGGUCCAAGAUGCUAGUGCUCAACAACAGAUCAUGCAUAGUGCACCUUCUAACAACCCAAUAAUUAGACCAGGGUGCUUGCUUGCACGAAUGUCUUGGGAAUCUCAUAGUAGCUGUUUAACUUUUUCUGUAUUUUCUCUCUGAGCUUUCUGGGGAACCCAUCAGCAAUCACAAAAUGGUUUGUCAGUCGCACGACGGUUGCCAAGGUACACACCAUGUGCAGAAUUCAGCUGUGAUGUGUGGUGAUCAAGCAUUCUGAUUUGAUAAGCAACACAGAGAUCCAACCCCCCGGAACAACCACUGAUAUCGAAUUGGGAGGUCACUGUUUUUUUGAAUAAUGAUACUGCUGUUUACACCAGCAGUUUUAAAUAAUUUACAUAAAAUGACCUCACCCCCAUUUCUUUGAGAUUCCCAUGACAUUAGGGAACAUGCAGAGUACUUUAUGAGAGUGACAAACAUUACUACGGAUCACUAAGGUCUUUUGCCAAGACCAAGGUUCCCGUCCGUUGCAGAAAAAUGAAGCUGCAGUGAGCAGCAAGUUUACAACUUAAUUCAUAAAACUGAAAUCCUGAGUUGGAGAGGGAGAAAAAGUUUUAGAAAAACAUUUGAGAUGAUGGGAAUUGACACACUGUACUUGUCACAAUUUGGGAUACCUGUGCUACAAAACAGUCUCAGGUUUUUUACUGACGACUGCAUAUUGUAGUCUUUCGUGAUAAUCGCUUUCCCAUAUAGAGUACCAUUACAAAUGAAACUUGAAAGACUGGAUAACUAUAGCUGCUCCGAUCCCUCACACCCUCGCUCUUCUAUUAAGCUGCACAGUGUCCCGGUAUACAGGUCGAGUUGUGACAUGAGGGUUUCGUGUCAGUGCGCGAUGCCAUUUUGUUUCCAUAAUGGGUUGUCUUGACUGGAGCUGCAUGAAACAUAAGUGGCUGUAAGUUGAAUUACAUUGAGAUGACAUAAAAAGGACUUACAUUUACUAGAGUUGGGCAGUUGCUUGAUUCGAGUGUAAACAAGCAUGUGGACUUGGGGAGCAAAAAUGCCUUCCAAUUCGAAGUGGUCACAACUCUCCCUAUAUACAGUGUGCAAUAAUGUAUCCUAAUAUUUUUUUAUUUGGGAGGAAAUUUGAAGGGAAAUUGAUAACCUACUAAAUCUCGGGUAUCUCCAGAUAAGCAGCAAUGUUCAAUAAGAUUUUACCAUGGUGUCAUUUCGAUUCAAAACCAACAUUAUGCAUGUUGUUAUACAUUUUCUAAUAAGAGUUUUUAGGGUUUAUGAACAUGUACAAAAAGUUAAGCUUUAGUAAUAUCAAUUUCAGUAAAAUCCUUUAUGUUGCCUGAUUCCUAAACUACAAAGAUUUUUCUUUUUUAAAAAAGUGAUAUCUUUAACCCUAACAAUCCUCAGUCCUCCAAAAGGUGAAGGAUUGAGGAGUUUUAGGGUUAAGGUUUUGAGGUUUUAAGGUCAUUCAUAUUUUACCAGUCACUGUUUAUUGCCAUAGAUCCACUCUUUUCUUUCUGUGCUUGUCCCCUUGAGACAGGUGCAAGAGGUAGAUAUUAAUGCACAUGUAUGUAGUAAUCAUCGUGAUCAUAAACUAGAAAUGAUCAAAAUGUUCACAGCUUGUGGAGUCCAUAGUGAGACAAUAUCUUCCCAAGAUUCACAUCUCACCAGCACAAAUGAGUUUCAUCGGUGUACUUUGAAUCUACAUGCAUCAGUUCAUUUUUAAUGUUACACACCCAAUUUCAUGCAACAAUAUUUUAUGCUUCUGUAGCAUUCAUUAAGUUAAAUAAGCACAUGCAUGUAGAUGUAGGCAUUCAACAUUUUGUUCCUGAAUGAUUUCCCACUAAUCUGCAGGUUGUGUGAAUCCCACCCGACUUGAACAGUCCAUUCAGGCGCAAGUAGUAAUUCUUCGGGUCAAAUAUUGGUUAGCAGAAACCUGUACAAGGAAACAUCUGCCCAUUUCAGCCAUGUAAACUAAACAGGAAUAAGGCAAAACAAAUGAGGAUUUGCAACUAGCAUAGCAACGGACACUUCCCUUCACAGAUAUUAAGAUUAUUUGGGGCAUGCCUUCAUCCACGCUCAGGCCUGUAAAAAUUAAUUUUAAUAAAUUAAAAGAAAAAAAAAAUCAACUCCACCACUGAAUCAGAUUUUACAGUUGCACUGGCAAUUUAUUUCCAUGAAGUCUGAAAUGACAUAAUUACACUAUGUACAUCCACCAUGACACUGCUAGCUUAUCUGUGUUUUCUUAAUAUACCCACAAGAAUAAACUUGUUCAGCUUUACUACGACUGUUUGUAAGAA